GUCUGACUAAAGACUAACCUUCGUGAUGGACAUAACAAAUAUUGUUUGAGGAAAAAGGAGGAAAACAUCUUCAUACACGGUCUAAAUUUUGUCCUAGUGCCAUACUUUGGGCCUAUAGAGCAAUAAAAAGUAGAACCAGACAUGGUCCAGGUACUAUCCUGUCACCACUUCAAGUCUCAGACUGUUGUGAGUCCAAGCCACGAGCCUCACAUCAUCUUUGCUUCAGGAAAGCACCUCUUUGUGGCUACAUCGCAUCACACAGUUGAGGUGUACUUGCUUGAUGGAUCGGACUGUACCCUCGUCCAUAUAGUCAAGACUGCUGGCCUUGCAUGGAAAGGAGCAUUCUGUCUACCUGGAAAUUACAUACUUCUCCUGGAGGACGAGGAUGGCAAGUUUAACAAUGUGAGAGCUUACUUCAACUGGGAUCAAUGCAAAGAUACAGAUGAGUCAACCAAAACUAAGUCAGGUUCACCAACCAAAGUAGUUCCAACUGAAUCACAGGGCUUGGAGGUUGUUGAAGUGCGCCCCAAGCGUCAUGUGCAGUGUUUCGCUUGCUGCAGUGGGAAUGGGAACCUGGUCUUGGGCAUGAGGGAUAUCAUCAGCAUUUACCGAUUACUUCUCCAUUCCGGCCAGCGCGAAUUUAAGCUUUUCAUCGAUAUCGUCAUUGAUGGCUUCAAGAUAGCCAAUGUUGAUAUCUGCGGUGCCCAUCUUGCCUUCACGUCAUUCCAUGAAGCCCACGUCCUCCGCAUCAACUCCCAGAAAUUCCACUUAUCCUGUGCUGCAGAUGGUAUCCCGGCUGAUUCAGCAAGUGUAAGAGCCACAGGGUCGUCGAAGCCUUUGGAGGGUAAGUCCCACACGUGCAAAUCUGCGUUGGAUUCUGUCCCGGACCCUAAGCCAUCGGAUACAGAGCAAGACAAUUACUUUGUCAAUGAUUCCCAUUUUAUUGAAUGUACUUUUGAUGCCAGGAGUCUGUCAGUGAGACCCUCUGAGCCGUCGGCAACUCACAAUCGAAUAAUUCUUCCAAGUAUCCUUGAUGAGGAGUACCUUAAACAGAAGGGCGGUCCUGCGGAAACCCUUGGGCCAGUCAGCAGUAUUCCUGGCAUUGCACCAUUCAAAGUUAGACAUGCUGAGAAGGCCAAAUCAGGAAAGAGGUCCAGCUCAGAGAAAGUUCCAUCCUAUGUUCAUCUGCUGUACUGUAGGUUUCCCAGUACAGAAGCCGGCCUCAUGCUCGCACAACUCCUGCCUACCUACACAAAAGCCCCCUUUACACUGGAGAAAGCUGCAUCGGCACAAGCACAGACUUCUGAGUCAUUCCACAGUCGAAAACUACUUGGCAUGUGUUGCCUCCUCAGUACCCCCAAGCAGGGCCUGGUCUAUGACGUCACGGGCCAAGUUAGUCCCCUCUCUUGUUACCUGUAUACGGGAGAAGCCAUAUCUUUGCAGGCUGGGGAGGAUUUCCUGUAUGCUGCUUCAUCCAGCGGCCUGGAGACCUACUCCCAUAGAGUGAGUGCAGCCGCUAUCUACAAUAAAGAGACAUUCGAUUGCAAGUCUAAUGCUUGCCCUGAUCCGACUACGGACAUCUGCCUAGUAGGACUGCGGCCAUUCUUGAGUGUUCAGAAGGUGGUGUCAUGUGACAGUCAUGUGAUUCUCCUGUGUAAGGCACCCAAUGACCAGGGAGAGGAGUCGGGCAGUGAUUGGAGUGUUUAUGUUCUUCAGAAGGCCCCAGCCUCCGACCUCCUCGAAGACAUGAUCGAGCUUGCGACAGGUUUCCGACAAGCAAGCAUCUCGGCCUACCAGCAUCUCAUCAUGGAGGCCCAUCUGAUGAUGCGAUCCAAGAUGCUCCAGUGUUGCCAUGGCGAUGAGGAAGACGAGACUGAGGAGUACAGAACAAUCGAGCAUCAGUAUCGAGAGACGAGUGCUCUUCUUGGCCAGAUUUAUGCGCAGUCUACUAAUGCCACAGACUCGUCGCUUGCUGUUCCGUACCUCACGAUGUCUGAGCAUUCUUUGUCAGAGGUGUUAGAGGCAGUCACUGGAUCCUUCACAGAGCCUUUCAUACCAGAGGAUCAUCAGUUUGGACUAGGGUUAACAGAUUUCUUAGACGUCAAGCUCUUCCAGGAGGAUUCUUCCAAUGAACCACUGAAUGAGGAGAUUGCAGAACGUAUAGUUGAUGUUUAUCAUCAUAUCGUUCCUUCGCGAUGCUCGCAGCUCUUUCUUUCAACUGAGGUCAAAGGUUAUUUGAGUCCACAGAAGAAGUUGGAAGUCCUUCAGAGUUUAAAGAAGCUGCAGUCAGAGAAUAGUUAUCAGUGGUCAGCCAGUGAUAAUAUAGCCAUGAUCCUCAUCAAUCUAGAAUUGGGUGAGAUGGAACAAGCAAAGUUUGCCACGUCUUGUCUUACGUCGGAUGAAGUAACGCAUCUUGUUCCCGACAACUCCUCCCUCAUCCUAGAUGCAAACAGACAAUUCACCGACUUUGCCAAGCUGAUGUGUAAAGAAGCAACAGAGUGUAUGGUUGAGGUCUUACUCUGUCUCCUAGAUCAUGAUCAACUCACUCUCAAAGAGACUCUAUGUAUUCUCAAGGAAUACAGCCCUGUUUCACUAGGCAGCUGCCCGUUGCUGACCAGAUUACUAGAAUUGGUGAUGUGCUCUGGAAAAUGGCAAAAUCUUUACUCUGAAGCUAUGCCAGAGAUUGUCUCGAUAUACCUAUCCCAGUUGCUCCAUGCUGACCAGCCUUCUAUGAUGAACACAUCCAGAGCUUGCAGACGUACACAUGCACAUGUGCCACAGGGAGACGGCUGCUUUGCUGCAAGAUUCAACUGGCUUAACAAGCUCCCUCCUUUUCAAGGUUCUUUGAGGCAGACCUGCACUGGUCUAGAACAGAAGGCCAGGACCUGGAGGCUACAGAGAGGCCGGAGUGGUUCAGUGACCCAGCCCCAGACUCCCACAAAGAGCGGGGCUCCUUGUCCAUGCUGCUGCUGUAAUGAAGUCCUUAUGAGAUUACAGAGUCUUCUCUGCUCAGAGCACUUGACGGAUGAAGUAUCAUUGUAUGUCAUCAACGGCAUUGAGGACAUGAAAGAAUGCAGGGGAAGGGGAUCGUUGCAGCUCCUUUGCCAAACAAAACUAGAUACAAAGGCUGCUUUGUCGGUAGUUAUCCAAGACUACCCUAGCAUCGCGGUGGAGUUCUCAAGCCAACACUGCGGGCAUCGAGAAGACCUAUGGUCUCACGUUCUCUCAGAUCUUGUCAAGGGUCUGGAAGAGAAGACUACUGAUGGGAUGGAGACUCGCAAAGCCAUCUCUCUUCAGAUGUUGUCAGGUGUACUUGGCUACCUUGUACAGGAACUGGAAGCAUCGGCCCUUAUAUCCCUUUUGCCCUCUGACCUGCCUUUGACCCUUACCAUGCCGUAUAUGGAGAGGUCAUUGCUUAGAGAUCGAGCUAGCAGACUGAGAGAAGAGAUAGUAGCAACAGGGAUGGAAAGCAUUAAGGGUUGCUAAGGAGAUAGAGAGAAGGAAGAAGAGGAGGCGUGGGGUAGAUUAAAGUAGAUGUCCUGUGGAACGGCUGCCCUUGACCUUUAUUAUGCCCUAUAUAGAAGAGUCAUUGCUUAGACAUUGAGUUAUCAUAAAGAACUGAAGCAGGUGAAUGUUUCCUAAAGCUGUUCAUAAGUUAUGACCUAAGUUGUGAGUGACUUAACGAACGACUGGUGAUCCUUUUUUGUGGUAAAUAAUGUAUUGCAAAUGUUCAUUGGUGUUUUAUUUAGCUUCUAACAAAGGAUUACCAGUCGUUCGUAAAGUCGCUCGUAACCUUCAAACAGCUCUAUGAAACACACAUUCGGGCUGAAAAAAAAAUUAAGCAUUGCAAGGAAGAAAAAUAGGGAAAGAGAGCUUUAGAGAGAAAGAGAAGAGUGGAAUCAACAAAGUAACUGAAGGGCAUCAAAGGCUUUCAGGGUGAGAACGAGAGAAAGAGAAGGCAAGAUGAACAGUAAUAAUAAAGAAUUAAAUGUAGAUAUAUGUAAUGUUACAUUAUCAAUAGGUGCUAUGGGUGUCCUGAGAGUAUAUUGUUUAUAAGAGUAUAUCCACUUGAACUUGUAUUAUGUCAAAUAUAUUGUUUUAAUACUUUGGAAAUGUCACAGUUUAACUAAAAAGUGCAAUAUUUAAACUAUAUAUCUCAUGUAAAUGUUUGUAUUUCUAUGCAUUUUUGUUAUGCAUGGCCCCAUUUAAAUUAGCAUCUCAUUUACUGAUGGGGCUACCAUGUUUUGAAAUAAUAUGCAAUAGAUAAAUAUAUAUAUAUAUAUAUAUAUAUAUAUAUAUAUAUAUAUAUAUAUAUAUAUUUAUGCCUACAUCCUACUUAAGGGCGAAGUCUAUGAAUGGGUUUAUUCCUUCAUAAUACAGAUAUAGACGUAAAGACGAAGGUAGAGGGCAUUAAGGCGCAUUACGAACAUUGAAAGAAGACAAAAAAAAUUUGCCUUAAACACGGAUGUAGAGAAAUAUAUAUAUAUAUAAAAUGAUAAAACAAGGUUGACACGUUCAUGCUUUGUUCCAACAUGGUUGUACAUGGAAUUGCAUAUCUCUGUUGUCAGUCACAUGAGAAAGACGAUAGGACAUUGUCUAAAAUUUGUGCAUCAAAUAAACUUAUAUGUUGG